UCUCUCAAUAUAUUUGCAUGGUCCCGGCCGGCCCGAAUCCCUCACUUGGGCUUCUCUUUCUAGACGUUGCGUCUUUCCGUCAUUGAAUUCUCUCGAAGCUGUGUGUCGUGCAGUUAGUUGCUAGAAGAAGAAACAUGAACAAGUCCUUCACUCUUGGAGCCCAUACGGCCUUCCUUGCUGCACUUCUUCUCUCUCUUCUUUCUGUUGGUCGAACUGUCCGAUCGCCAACCCUUUCUGAUGUUCCUGUGCGUUUCAAUGGUCAAGGCAGCUCUAGUCUGAUCUCCAAGGAAGGAGGGAAGGAGGAGAUACAAACGGAACUGUAUCCAACUGGGUCGAGCUUACCUGACUGUUCCCAUGCAUGUGGGCCGUGUUUUCCCUGCAAGAGAGUGAUGGUGAGCUUCAAGUGCUCCACUGUGGCAGAGUCUUGCCCCAUUGUCUACAGGUGUAUGUGCAAAGGGAGAUAUUAUCACGUUCCUUCAAAUUGAUACACGUCUCUCUCUAGUUAUGUAUUGUAUGUAAAUAGUUGGAUGAGGCUUUGCAAGACUGUUGAAGUUGAGAAGAACAUUUUUUUUUUACUUGGAGGGGAUAGAUCUCCCAAUCUUUUGCUUUUACUUUUUUGUAUGGUUGAAAAGGUUGUUCUUGUUUUUUCUCUCUUUUUUUCCUGAAAUCUAUAACUUCAUUCAACUCUA